AAUUAAUGGUAUUUAUUAAUACAUGAUAUAAUAUACAUGUGGAGUCCACAGGCUGCUUUCAUUAUGAAGUUUUCGGUGGUCUUUGCUGCUUUAAUAGCAUUAUGCUCUUCUAGUGUUAUACCAGAAGUGCCAAAGGAUAAUAGCCAUUAUGUGGAAGGUGUUAGCCGUUACGUGUGGUUAUCUAAAGACGACGGCGAGUUAGUUCAGGUAGAUCUACAUGAGCCAGUUAAUCAGCAAGCAGCAGAGACCAGGAAUGGAGCCAACAAUCAAUACUGGCUAUUUACAAGGCAGAACCCCACGAACCAACAGCUUCUUGUGAAUGGGAACGCCAAUUCUGUCACCAACUCUAACUACCGAGCGAAUAGACCUACCAACGUCAUUGUUCAUGGUUGGACUAAUAAUGGCAACUCACAUGUCAACAACAUUGUGCGAGAUGCUUUCCUCGCUGCUCAAGACUGCAAUGUCAUCGUGGUUGAUUGGAGUGGGCUUGCCGGUGGCUCCUACGUGAACGCUGUCAGCGGAGUGCCAAAUGUUGGACAAUUCCUUGGCAAUUUCUUGAAUUGGCUUGUCAGCGUUACUGGUGGCAACUGGAAUAAUUUCCAUCUGAUUGGAUAUAGCUUGGGUGCACACGUGAUAGGUAGUGCUGGACGCACUGCUGGAGGAAGGCCGGCAAGACUGACUGGAAUGGAUCCUGCAGGUCCUCUAUGGCAGACCAACUCUAAUAGACUAACCAGUAACGCCGGUCAAUACGUAGAAGGCAUCCAUACAGAUGGUGGAUUGCAGGGGAUCUUUAAUCCUGUCGGUGACGCAGAUUUUUACCCCAACGGUGGCAGGAAUGUGCAGCCUGGCUGUGAUGGUAGUGGAUGUUCACACGCGCGUUCUUUUGAGUUUUUCGCAUCUUCCGUAAGAACCAAUCAUUUCGUUGGUAGACAAUGCGCCAAUCUGAAUCAAGCUCAAAAUGUGCAGUGCAAUGGAGCGGCAUUGAACAUGGGCAACGGAAUAGUGACGAAACGAGGAAGCGGUUUAUUUGGAUUAAGAACCGGAGCUUCUUGGCCUUUCUAAUAAAAGUUCUCAAAAGCUCUUAUUAGUUUUUUUUUUCAAAGCAAAUUACAUAUCCAUAAUCCUAAUACAAUAUCCAAUACAUAAUCCUAAUAGCUAUAAACAAAAAAUCAUAUACUUAGCCCUUCCAAAAAUGAGCGCAA